AUGGGGGUGGCGGCGCAUGUGUCCAUCGACACGGGUCGUCCCGUGCUGCUGGCCGACGUGCUCUCGCAAGCUGCCGUGUGGUUGCCAGGCGUGGCGGGCGAGGCAGAGGCCCUUGCCCGCGAGGCCCUGCUUGACCUUUAUAUUGGCCACGAGCCAAAAAGGCAUGUCAUGGAUAAAGGGAAAGCAAGAGCAAAUGCAAAGAGUGAACGAGAGCGAGAUAGAGAGAGAGAAAGAAAGAGAGAGAGAGAGAGAGAGAGAGAGAGAGGGAGAGAGAGAGAGAGAGAGAGAGAAAGAGAGAGGGAGAGAGGGAGAGAGAGAGUGAGAGGGGAGAGAGAGGCGAACCGCGUCACACAUGGGUGA